GUGUGUGUGUGUGUGUGUGUGUGUGUGUGUGUGUGUGUCUGUGUGCGUGUGCGUGCAUGUGUGUGCGUGCUCCCUGGCAGCCCCCUCUCACUCCUUUCCACUCCUCUUCUCCUCACCGCCGGUGUUGUGACCUCACCUCAGAAUGGAGAAACGUGGUAAAGGUGCAAAGGGGCCUGUGGCUGAACCUCCGGUGGACCUGACCGAUGAGCUAGGCCAGCAGCUGGAGGAGAUCAUCAGCACCUACCAGGUGGUGGAGCCCAUGGAUGCUGAGGAGGAUGCAGGCAGUGGGAAAGGUGUGGAGUCCUCCCCACAGAAGGAGAGUGGGAGCGCCAAAGAUCAGAAGUUGGAGAAGAAGCUGCUCAAAAACCUUGGUAAGGAGGCCAUGCUGCUGAUGCAGAGCCUGAACAAGCUGGGCAGCCCUGAGCAGAAGCUGGACGCUGUGAUCAGGAAGCAUGCUGAGCUGCUGGAAGAGCACCGUGGUGACCAGAAGCAGCUGAAGGUGCUGCAGAAGAAACUGCUGCAGGUGAUGAAAGAGAAGGACCAGCUCCAGAGCGAGCACAGCAGGGCCGUCCUCGCCCGCAGCAAGCUGGAGGGACUGUGCCGGGAGCUGCAGAGACACAACAAGACCCUCAAGGAGGAAACAUUGCAAAGGUGCAGAGAGGACGACAUGAAACGGAAAGAUAUCACCAGCCACUUCCAGAGCACCCUCUCUGACAUCCAGGCCCAGAUUGAGGAGCACAGCACGCGCAACACCAAACUGUGCAAAGAGAACACCGACCUGGCAGAGAAACUCAAGGGGCUCAUCGCACAGUACGACCAGCGGGAGGCGAACUUAGAGAAGGUAUUCAAACACCGAGACCUGCAGCAGAAGCUUGUGGAAACUAAACUCACCCAGGCCAACCUGAUGCUGAAGGAGGCUGAAGAGAGGCACAAAAUAGAGAAAGAACAUCUCCUGAAGCAGACUGCAGAGGCCAAACUGACAGUAAAACUUCUGAGAGAAGCUGAAAAUGACAUGAAAGCUCAGCUUGUUCGGUACUCUGAGAAGUUUGAUGAGUUCCAGGGCACUGUGUCCAAAAGCACGGGUGUGUAUGCUGGCUUCAAGCAGGACAUGGAAAGGAUGUCUAAAAAGAUGAAGAAGCUGGAGAAGGAGGCAAAUGGAUGGAAGAAUCGCUUUGAUGGCUGCAACAAGGCCCUGGUGGACAUGGUGUCAGAGAAAGUGGUACGGGAAAAAGAAUCUGAGCUCUUAACGACGAAGAACCAGAAGCUGGAGCAGCUCUGUCGGGCUCUGCAGGAGGAGAGGAGGAGCCUCGCCCAAAAGCUCCACGUGGGAGACAAGGUCGGAGCCCCCGAGGGACAGACACCUGCAGCUCCUACAGCAGAGACACCUGCAGCUCCUACAGCAGAGACACCUGCAGCUCCUACAGCAGAGACACCUGCAGCUCCUACAGAGGAAAAGCCCGAUGCCUCAGAGGAGAAGAAACCUGCAGAGACAACAGAGGAAAAGGCCAAGGUUAUGGAGAUGCCCACUCCAGCAGCACCUGACACAAAACCAGCUGAGCCGCCGAAAGCUGAAGCCACCCCUGAAUGCCCGCUGACCAAAGAGCUGUCCAGUCUGAAGGCCCGGCAGGCUCGGCUGAAGGAGGUUGCAACGAGCUUCACCGUCUCUCACAUCGUACCUCAUGACAUUCUGCUAGCCGCCGGGCAGAGUGACUCUGAAGAUGAGCACGAGCAUGAGGAGGGCACAGCGGGCCAACAGGAGCCUGGAGAUGCCAGUACCAGCCAUAAGGAGGGCACCGCGGGCCAACAGGAGCCGCCUGCAGAUGCCAGUACCAGCCAUGAGCAGACACAGAACCAGAGCCCAGAGCUGGAGAACGAGCCCUUACCGACCCCAGUGGAGGAACAGAGUGUGGAUUCAGUGCAGGUCAAUGGCUGCCAAGCAGAGACCCUGAUACCUGAGCAGCAGGAAGAGAGGGAUAGGGAGAUGGAGAGUGUUGACUAAAUAUCCUCUUAAUGGCUUUUGUUUUUAUGACUGUACUUCAUCAAAAAAUAACCAUUUUACAUUGCUACUGCCUUUCUUUGCAACAAUAUAAAGCCAGCAAUAAAGCUCAACUGAAUAAUUGUGGUUGGA